ACCGGGCGAGUCUAUAAAAGGAAGCGGCAUUCAAAUUGCCGACUCAAACGCGAAAGGACAACACGCCAGUGUGUACACACAAAGAGCUCGACAAAAGCCGACAACCAAAACAAUUCAAAGUAACUAUCUGUGUGUGUAUGUGUGUGUGUGUGUGAGUUAGUUGCAAGACAAAGACCGGCAACAACAAAGACAGAGCGAGAAAGAGCGAGAGCGAGUCAAAGCGGAAGUGCAGCCAAUAUUAUAUUGUCUUAGUACAGUUAACACCCCUAGCCAUGGGCACGCCACAUGUCUGCUUUGCGGACGAACUGCAGCAGGAGCACCACAACAACAACAACAACAAUUCGGCAGGCAGCACUAAUAAAUGGCUGCUGGAGCUGGAGCCCGGCGCCGCAGAGCGCUCGACGAGCAUUUCGCCAACGCCUCGCUACGAGCGCAACAUGGGCUUCUUUCAGCUGCUGAGCCGUCGGUUUGGCCUGAGGUCAAGCGAUGACCUAGUUCAUGGUGCAUGCAGCGGCAGCAGCAGCAGCGGCGAUGACGCAGCUGCCGGCACAACAGCAGCAGCAGCAGCGGCAGCGGCAGCUGCACAGGAAGAGGAUGCGCACAGUUCAUCGACCGACUCGUAUUCAUCGUCCCUGACGGCCAGCCGCGGGUUGGCCGCUGCGCGUCUGGAGCUGAUGUCGUGCGCCUCCAGCGAGACCAGCAGCACCAUCGACAUCGAGGAGCAGCAGCAGCAGCAGCAGCAACAAAAUAUGGGCAAGCGCAAAUCGUUGAGCCGCACAAGCUUCUCACGACUGCAACGCCGGUCGACAUCGUCGCUGCGGCGCGCCUUUGAGAGCCUCGCGCUAACAUCACGUUCGCUGUCGUGCAGCGGCCCCUCCCCUCCGCCGCCGCCGCCGCCGACUGCGCCACCAGCGCCGCAGCCAUUGAAGUCGGCUCUGAAAUCGGCAUCGACCGUUGAGCUGCACCAGCGACAGCAGCAGCUGCAUCACAGGGUGGCCUCCAAAUCAGUUAGUAGCUCGAGCGCCUGCUCGACAUCGUCGGCGUCCUCCGCAUCGUCGAAGAGCAAGGUGAAGCCGCCGCCGCAGCGCAUACUGCGUCAGCCCGUAUCCUAUACAUAUCUAAAGGGCAUGUCCGGUCUGCCGACGCAGCGGGUGCCGCGCAGCUCGGUCUGCUGCCAGUACGCCAGACGCUAGAGAAGCCUCUGGCGAAUCUCGAAAUACGAUUCCAGAACAAUCCAC